AUGGCCGGAAGAAAUGUGAAGACGAAGUCUUCUAUGCCGCUGGAAAAAUCCAUUGAGAGGAAGAAUGAAUCAUUCAAUGAGAAGACUACCAGAGCAGAGCCUCGAGCUCCUCCACCUCAAUUCUCUUUGCCUUUGAAUGUUGCAUUCUACCUGUGCUUGCUAUCUCACGUCCUUGCUGCGGCUUUUGCACCUAUUCAGGAUUGUGAUGAGGUUUUCAAUUAUUGGGAGCCCUUACAUUAUCUUAAUCAUGGAUACGGGCUGCAGACAUGGGAGUACUCUCCUGAAUUUGCCAUCCGGAGUUGGUUCUACAUUGUCAUCCAUGCUAUUCCUGCUAAAUUGGGACACCUCUUGGGCAGAUCAAAGAGCUUUGAGUUCUACUUUCUUCGAACCAUGCUGGCCAUUGUCUGUGCUGCCACGGAGACGCGCUUGUUCUCAGUCAUCUCCCGUACACUGAAUCCAAGAAUUGGUAUCAUUUAUUUGAUUAUCGCUGCCUUCAGUCCGGGUAUAUUCUACGCAUCAGUCGCUUAUCUUCCCUCGACCUUUGCAAUGUAUACCUCAAAUCUGGGCCUGGCUGCUUUCAUGGACUGGCGAAGUGGACCAAAAACAGCUCAAGGGAUCAUGUGGUUUGGUAUCGGUGCCAUUGUUGGUUGGCCCUUUUCCGGCAUCUUGGUGGCCCCGUUUGUCUUCGAAGAGAUCGUUAUCUGUCUGUUUACAGGCCAAGGUUACGACACCUUCAGGAGAUUUCUCGACGGUACCGUUCGAUCUUUAAUCGCUUUGACUGCCGUGGACAUUUUCUUCUACCAUGGCUUUAUUGUUGUGCCUGUGAGGCUUGUUCUUUACAACGUGCUUAGCGGAGGCGAUCGAGGCCCAAACAUUUUUGGAACCGAACCAUGGGAUUUCUACUCGCGUAACCUGCUGCUGAACUUCAACGUGUGGUAUCUACUCGCUAUUGGUAUGGGGCCAAUGCUGUUCUUGCAGUAUGCUUUCCGUUCUCAAGCGACAACCAAACAGACGUUGCUUAGAACCGUCAUCAUGAUCACGCCGUUCUACAUCUGGAUGACUAUCUUCACCUUACAACCACACAAGGAGGAACGUUUCAUGUACCCUGCCUAUCCCUUUCUGGCACUAAAUGCUGCCAUUGGUUUCCACAUGAUCUUAACCUUCUUAGGGUCAGCAAAUCCGAGAGAGCUGGUAGGAAGGAUUCCAGUGCAGCUUAAGCUUGCGGUCGCUCUUCUCACUGUUGUUCUCUCCAUCAACGUUGGGCUACUUCGAACCAUUGGAACAGUCACCGCGUAUCGUGCACCUCUGCAGGUAUAUCGAGCGCUCGAGGCUCCGGGAAUGGCAAGACCUGGUGAGACUGUAUGUCUUGGUAAAGAAUGGUAUCGAUUCCCUUCAUCACACUUCCUCCCCAACGGAACAAGGGCGAAAUUCAUCAAAAGCAGUUUCUCUGGUCUGUUGCCCGGUGAGUUCAACGAGGCCAAGACAGGUUUUGGCGUCUUCGCGGGGACGUGGCUCGUUCCAGCUGGUAUGAAUGAUUUGAACGAGGAGGAUCCAGGCAAAUAUGUGAGUAGUCAUGUCCCUGCCACGUCACUCUACUGA